AAAACAGCUUGCUGGAGACCGUGUGCCAAAAUUUGGGUGCUGAUUUGUCUGCGGUCGGUAUAAAAGCGGGACUCGUUGCAUUGGAACAGUAUCUUACAGUUCCCGUUCUGAAGUGAAGGUAGUAAUCGCACCCACGCAGCCACCAUUAUGAAACUGCUCUCGCUGUUGGUGAUCCUCGGAGUUGGCUUUGCCAACGCCACGCUCCGAUCGGAGGUUGAUCAGCUGUUGGUAUUCUAUCCAAUGGAACAAGUCCGCGAGAUCUACAACUGGUGGAUCACCCACGAUGCCGAAGUCGGUGAGAUCUUCGCCUUCAUGCAGUCCAACGAAGCCAAUAGUGCCUGGAACGUCCUGUACACUCAACCAGAGCUGCAGGGAGUUUCCGAUUGGACUGCGGCACGCGAUGUCGAUUUCGGCGAAUGGUUGUACAGUAUCAUUGAACUGUUCGGAUGGUUUCCGCCGAUGCCAACCAAUGUUCGCAGCAGCGGUGCUCGCUCCUGGGCUUCCAUGAUGGAGGAAAUCCGUUCCGUUACCGAUACCGAUGGUGCGGUUGCUUUGGCCAACAUCUUCAUUGCCACGCCCGGAAGCGAGUUCGCUGAACUGUACCGCAUGACCCAGGAUGCCCGCCCGGCCUUCACCCGCACCAUUGAGGAUCCCGAUGUUAUGCGCUGGUCUGCCCAGAUGCGCGCCUUCGGCGUUGACAUCGACGGUACCCUGGAACGUCUGCGUGGAUUCUUCCAGUGGAACUAGGUUCUUGCAAUAAAGGAUGAUGAUAGAUGAAAAAUGAA